UCAGAGCCAUAAAUUAUACUCUGCACUGUCUGAGAUUGUCUCACUAGUUCAUGUUCAUAUCAGGCUUUUUGCAAAAACAGUCUGGCUUUGCUUUCAUUACAGGGUCGACAAGGACGUGGCUCCAUAUUUGUGUUUGCUGCCGGAAAUGGUGGAUAUGGAGACAAUAGCUGUGCUUUCAGUGGACUUGUGAAUAGCAUCUACACUAUUGCCAUAACAGGUGUAAAUAAAGAUGGUUCACUGCCACGCUAUGGAGAACGUUGUCCCGGAAUCUUAGCAGUUACAUACAGCAAAGAGAUGUUUCUCUUCGAAGAUAAGACGAAGGUGAUAACAGCCACUGCUAAUGGUGAAUGUACGGAUCAUUUUAGUGCUAGUUCCGCAGCAGCUGCUAUGGCAUCUGGACUUCUUGCAUUGGCUGUGGAAGCAAACAAAAACCUGACGUGGCGGGACAUGCAACAUAUUAUCAUACGGAGUUCCAGAGCUGAUAAGAGAAUCAUUAAAGCGAAGGACUGGAACAGUAAUGGAGCAAAUCUGACAGCUAGUAAUUAUGUUGGAUUUGGCUUGAUGGAUGCUUAUGGACUAGUUUCCUUGGCAAUGAACUGGACAACAGUAGCACCACAACUUACUUGCACGAUACCUUAUCUUCAUAUUGACAGGGUUAUUCCUUCAGCUGAUGCUCUCCAGGUAACCACUUCUCUGAAAGACGUUGCUAAUUUAUGUCCAGAGAUAAACUUCUUGGAACAUGUGCAGGUUCGACUAAGCCUUAACUACACAAUUGCAGAAGACCUGGAGGUUAAUCUUACCUCACCUCAGGGAACAAUAUCUCGUCUCAUUCAACGUCGUUCAAAGGGCAGUUUUCAAAGAGCAACAUCCUUGACUAACUGGAAAGUUCUGACUUUGCAUCACUGGGGUGAAAACCCUUCUGGUAUUUGGAUGCUCUCGCUAAAGAAUUCCCGACUUGAACAUGAGAAUACAGGAAUGCUGUUCGACUGGUCUCUGAUAAUGUUUGGUACAGCAACAGAUCCACUUAAAGGCAACCCUCAUGUCCCGGUAAUAACGGUUACACCAGGGCAGGAAAGUGAUACAAACAGUGCCCUUGCAGGACUUGAGAUUACGGGAGUCACAAUUGGAGCUGUCGUUGUUAGCUGCAUUUUAGGAAUCAGUAUAUAUAUUUGUUAAUAUUGUAAAACUCGUGGAUGUAAAUCUGCACCUUCUGGUGAAAUCUGCACCAUCUCGUAGAUGUAAAUCUGCACCUUCUGGUGAAAGUAAAUCUGCACCAUCUCGUAGAUGUAAAUCUGCAGCAUCGUGGGACACAUCUUUCUCUCAACGUGGUCAGCUGAAGAUGACCCAAUGCGAACAACCACCAAAUGUUUCUUAUGUUUAGAAACACGAGUUUAGAGAAUGAGAAAUGCCGUGUGAACACGAGCUGACAGGCAAGUGUUUCCACGGCUUUUUCGACUUCUCUCAAACUUCUACUCGCAUUUCUAUAUCUCGAUUGAAACACAGAACAGUUGUUUUCUAUUUCUAGUUCUGUGUUUCUAUCAAGCUAUAGAAACAUAAUUUUUAACCAGUCGGCGUGCAUAUUUUUUGGGGGAUGUUUCCUAAUGGUAUUUAAUGUGCAUUCAU